AUGUCAUCCAAAUUCCUGGCGUAUGUGUCCCUCCUGUCUGUCCUCCACACAUGCUCUCUAACGAUCGACUAUGAGGAGGACUACGAGGAUGUCACUGUGAACCAGAUGCUGGCUCCUAAAUCACAGGACACCGACACCACGGAAAUACUCAACAAUUUACUGAAAGAAUAUGAUAAGAAACUGCGUCCGGAUAUCGGAGUUAAACCCACAGUUAUAGAUGUCGACAUAUUUGUGAACAGCAUUGGACCAGUGUCAUCAAUAAACAUGGAAUACCAAAUCGACAUCAUCUUUGCCCAGACGUGGACCGACAGCCGUCUCCGAUACAACAGCACGAUGAAGAAGCUGACUUUGAACAGCAAUAUGGUUGGACUUAUUUGGCUGCCAGACACCAUCUUCAGAAACUCCAAGAAUGCAGAUUCCCACUGGAUUACAAUGCCCAACCAGCUGCUCCGAAUAUGGAACGAUGGGAAGAUACUUUACACCUUAAGGCUGACAAUAAAUGCAGAAUGUCAGCUGCAGCUGCACAACUUUCCAAUGGACGAACACUCCUGUCCGCUCAUCUUCUCCAGCUAUGGAUACCCACGAGAUGAGAUGAUUUACAAGUGGAGGAAGAACUCUGUGGAGGCGGCUGACCAAAAGUCCUGGCGUCUCUACCAGUUUGAUUUUAUGGGCUUGAGAAACACUACGGACGUAAUAAAGACUACAGCAGGUGACUAUGUGGUGAUGACGGUGUACUUCGACCUGAGCAGGAGGAUGGGCUACUUCACCAUCCAGACUUACAUCCCCUGCAUCCUCACCGUGGUCCUCUCCUGGGUGUCCUUCUGGAUCAAGAAAGACGCCACGCCAGCCAGAACGACGUUAGGUAUAACCACAGUGCUGACAAUGACGACCCUCAGCAGUGUGGCCAGGACGUCUCUGCCCAGAGUGUCUUAUGUCACCGCCAUGGACCUGUUCGUCACCGUCUGCUUCCUGUUUGUCUUUGCCGCUCUGAUGGAGUACGCAACUUUAAAUUAUUAUUCAUACAGCGCUCGAAGACCCAGCUGCAUGGAACCUAAAAGAUCGAACUAUUCCGUCCUGGAUGUGAGACCCCCACACACCGUCAUCACUUUAAACAACUCCCUGUACUGGCAGGACUUUGAGGACGCUUGUGUCUACGAGUGUCUGGACGGAAAAGACUGCCAGAGCUUCUUCUGCUGCUUCGAGGAGUGUAAAGGAGGCGCGUGGAGAAAAGGGCGCGUCCACAUAGAUUUACUUGAACUGGACGCCUACUCGCGCGUCUUCUUCCCCACCUCCUUCUUGCUGUUCAACGUCGUCUACUGGGUAGGCUACCUCUACCUUUAG